AUGGGUGUUGACUUUGCCCAUCAGUUUCUGCAAGCGCACCGUCAUUGGACACAGGUUCGACGCCUUCCCAGCGCCUACCUUUUCUUUGACAUCAAGUCAGCCUUCUACAGUGUAUUAAGGCAAGCCCUUUUUCCUUGUGAAGAGCGACCCCUGUCUCUGAUUGCUGCCUUGCGACGCUUCCGCAUCGGCAUCGAGGACAUUGACUCUAUGCUGACGGCUGUUCAAUCAGAUGAUGCUACAGCUGGUGUUUCUGACCAUUUCCGACUGUUGCUCAAGGAUGCCCUGACCAACACGCACUUCUUCAUCCAAGGAUUGGAUACCCCGUGUCAGACCCAUCGGGGGACAAGACCGGGAGAUCCCCUGGGCGAUCUGCUGUACAACAUGGUGAUGGCGCUGGUCAUGAAAGACGCGAGAGAUGUCACUGCUGGGCGUACAGGAGCAGCCUGGAUUGGAGCUCCUGCCUCCUGUGCUGACUUCACGCAGGAGAUUGUGCUCCCGGUGCCUGCCUUCUUGGAUUUGGCUUUUGUGGAUGAUUGCGCAGUCGCCAUCCAUGCAGGAGAGUAUGCACAAGUGGUGCACAUUGUUCAAUCAGCAGUUGGUCCUGGAGCAAUGGAUCAGGCGGCAAAACAGCGAGGUUUGCUGCUCAACUACGCCCCGGGCAAAACAGAAGUCAUUCUCAAUGUUAGAGUUGCUGGCUCCACUGCAGCCAAGGUUGACUUACACGCGGCUGGUUCCAGACUUCACUGGGAGAUGGAUGAGACCCUCUAUACACCUUGCGAGUUGUCUCCUGCUACAAAUGGCUCUGUUCCAGACCCUGACGAUGACACGGCUCUUGUACAACGCCUACAUCUGGUCCCCAUGCCCUCCGGACACCUUGAAGUCCUGGCAGAAUGCCAUCAGAAAGCCUUUAGGCAGUUUUACUCAGAUCACUUUGCCGCACCAGACUCAGACGAUUUACGUGACUGGCUUCCGUUGAUUCGACUUGAUCCCAGCUGGCACGGAAGAGUGCGUGCUGCUGGUAAAGCAUGUCGUUGGUACCGGCAGGCUUGUGCCGAAAGUACCACUUGGAACAAGCAGUUUGAUGAGUCCUUCGUGAACCAAGGAGGAGUCUUGCCCAGUCGGCAAACUAUUGCCCAGGAGCGAUGGGCAUGUGAUCAAUGUGAGAAAUGGUGCUUGUCCAAACGGGCCCUUGCCUCUCACUCUGCACGGGUUCAUGGAUACCGCCACCUCGUGCUCUUCUAUGCCACUGGCGAGGUCUGUCACAGCUGCUGUCGAUGGUACCACAACAGAAGUCGGUUAGUAGAGCAUUUGCGGGAUGCCACCCGUUGCAUGGAAACUCUGCAGGCUUGUUUUCCACCCAUAUCUGAGGAGCAGUUAGCAGCUUAUGACAUGGAGGAGCAUGAGGCAACGGCUCUGUUGAAGAGAGAUGGAUGGGGUGCUACCAAAGCUUUGUGCCCUAUGCGAAGAGUUCAUGGACCUUCUCUACCACCGCCUGCUUCAGAGGAGGCCAAGAUCAUGCACGACAAGUACGCAGAGCGUCUUGCAUCCCCUGGCCAUGGUUUUGCUCGCCUUCAAGGUCGACGCGAAGCACCUGCGCAACAGGAGAGUCGCGUGCAUCUUUUUGCCGAGGACUUCCCUGCGUUUGUGUUCAAUACCCCUGAAGGUUUCCAGUUAGGAAAUGGCAGGUAUGAUCAGGCCGGAUUGGCGCGUGAGUACGCGAUGCUUCAUGUGCGCUCCCUGGUGUUCGUGCACUUCUUUUCUGGAUACCGCCGAGAACAAGAUCUCCACCAGCAGCUCGAGCACCGCAGCAUUGACAACGGGCCGAGGGCAUUGCGUAGCGAAGCCUUCCCCUGGGGCCUGCCCUCUUUGAAGCCACGGGAGUGGAAGCAAGUGCUGGUGGGCACGCGCUUGCUACACUUUUUGCUGUCCGUCAUCCUUCUCCUGGCGCAGGUUGGUGGAUGCGGCUUUUGUGAACUUGGCUGUUGGAAAGGGGGCCAGCGAGCAUUUGGCUCCACCCCGCCAUCAGAGCGCUUCGGCUCCUACGGUGCAUCGGGAUCACGUCCUUCGAUCAAUGUUCUUUUGGGGCGGAUGCGACCAAGCCGACGACAGUGCCUACGUCUUCUGGGCUUCCGAAAGCGAGUGAUGGCAACCGGAAAUUGCGGCAGGUUUACCCGCCUGCGCUCAAUAGAGCUCUUGCAGAUGCAGUUUUCGAGUUCACCCAGCACUUUUGCUGGAUGCACCGUGGACCCCGAAAUCGCAUCAGAGCUUUUGGCCUUCAAUCACUCAGAUUUUGUGGCUCAUGAUCAGGCCUGGCUGAAUGUGAAAAACAAGUUCACCUUCGAGGAGGCUUGCGCCUUCUUCAGCGUCCUGGCGCCAACCCGAUCAGCUGGAGGUGAGUGCAUGCGAUAG